AAAAGGGAGCAGAAUUUUCUUCCUUCCGUAAAUUAAUACUUUUUUUGAGUAAAAAAUACCGUAUUUCGCUGCGAAAGUGUUUCGCAUUCGUUUGUACAAUCUGUGUUGAUUUAUUUCCAAAGUUUUUUAGAUAGAUUUGUUCUAUAAACGUCUCCUAAAAUGCACAAAUCGUGAAACCAGUCUCAGCCUUGGGAGCUGAGAAACGCCCAUAAAAGGGCAGCAACAUAAGCUGCUAAAAGCAGCAUCGAUCGAUAUUGAGGGCACCACGACGGAGUUGGCCUACUUUUCCGCAAAAAACACGGUGGACAGCCAGUGCAGUGGUGAAAAGGCCGGACAUUUGCCCCGGGAUGAGAUUCAACAAACAGGAACUGAUUACGUUGGCCACACAACCGAGCAACAAGUUCGACAAGGAAGGACCGCUCUUCGUGACGGAAAAGCAGGAAGGGUUCUUUCGCAAAACGGAAGGCGAAGAGCCGGCUAACAGCAACCAAACCAGCAGCGCCAGUAAGAAUCAUCCAAAGCGCAAUAAAUCGCUCAGUUGCAUUGGUGGUACCCAGAAAGUAAGUCUCGAAAAGUGGUGCCGACUGCGGGGAAACUUGCUGUUCUACUUCAAAACGAACGAUCCCUUUUCGGAGCCGCAAGGAUGCAUCGUGCUGGAGAAGUACAGCUGCGUUAAGCACUGCGAUCAGAAGGAGUACGACGGAUACGUGUUCUAUCUGGAGUUUGAAGACGGCUUGAGGCAGCGGUUCGCUGCCAACACCGACCAGGAGCGGCUCGAAUGGAUCCAGGCCAUCGGCCUGGCCGGUUACGACGUUAAGCGGGCUCAGCUGAAGUUCCUGCGCGAGCAGAUCGACAAAAAACGGGGCCUGGUGCACGACGUCGACGUGGACAUGCUGCGGCUGCAAACCGGCAAAGAGAUAGAUCUGGCCGAAAUUCCGAUCUGUGAGUCGGCCAUCUCGUGCGACAAUUUGCUGUGCGACGGGAAUGGCAAACCACCGAACCCAUCGGUGGUGGUUCAGGUCACAUCGAGCGCUCGUGCCGCCAGCGGUUGGGUGAAAUACGGCCGCACGGAAGUGAUCGAGCGAAGCUCGAACCCCGUCUUUAUAUGCACGAUAACGUUUCGCGCCGGCGAUGGGCUGAACGCGAAAUCGCUGAUUCGCUUUACGGCCUAUGACGUGCGGGAAAAGGUUACGCAAACGGCGGUCCCAAUCGGGUGGGCCGAGGUGGCGCUCGGUGUCAUAACCGACACGUCCCGGCUGAGGAUUCCUCUGCGUACGCAGAGCCCCUGCGGUGGGAAUGCCGGCUUCAUAACGAUUGCCAGUUGUGCGCCGGAUUUGGAGAAACGAACGCCUCGUUCACCGGCCAAAGUGCACGAACAUCAGCCGCAUUAUCAGCACCAACAGCAGCAUGCGAUCGGACAUCGACGUUCGCAGUCGCUACCGCCGAAGCUGGGCGUGAAGCUGUUCAUUCCGCCACCAUCCAAGGUGUCGCUGCUGUUCACCAAUCCGAGUAUCCACACCUACCGGCUGCACUCGGGACUGGGCGGGGACAUCAGCGUACAGGAGCUGAUGCUCGAAAGUCAACUGUGCUACAUAAUCCCUCAGCAGUUACUCUCGAUCUGGAUCUACCGCGAGAAGGAACUGCUGCAGGAAAUCUCCGGUAUGGGCGAACUGGGCGGCGAGUGGCGCCAUCGCCAGAUGGAGCUGCUCGAUAAGCACCUGAAGUUGCUGAAAGAUUACUCCCAGGCGAAGCAGUUUCUUGCCCAGCAGCAACAGCAGGGCAAGUGCUUCAAGGCGAGCUGCAAGAAGAAGGACGAAACGUUGGAGUUUGCUCCGGUUAAUCUGCAUCUGCAGCGCAUGUGGGCUCACAACGAUACGCUGAAACGGGCCGGCGUGCUGGACGUCACGACGGUGGGCGCGUUCACGCGCCACGCCGGAAAGUCCAAAACCGGGGGCUUGCUGAAGCUGUUGCAGCAAAUUAACGAUGCCAGUGCCAAAGAUAAUGGGAGUAUACAACGGGUAGCGGCGGCCAACGAUGCCGUGCAGGCCAUCAAACAGUUACGGAAGGAGAUUGUCGAAAUCAUGUCCCAGCUGCUGUAUCUGGCGAAGUCAAAGAAUCCCAAAGGGAUGCUUCCGUUGUGCAAUGAAAUGAUGACCAAAACGCGAGCUUUACUCAACAUCUGGGAACCGACGCUGGUGGAGGAAGCCUUCGGCUUCAUCGAGCGGCAUCGGAUCAUCGAUGAACAGCAGGCGCAGCCUGCAGAUGGUACCGCCCCAGGCGGCUCGGUUUCGAUGUCUCCUUUCCGGAAAAUAACCCAACAGUUAGGCGCUCUGGAUUUGAAAAGUCCCGAACUGGAGGACUUUUCCACUCCGAUGGGUCCGGCGCCGGAUCUUUGGCCUCAGGUAAGAACCAGCAAGUCCGGUGUGCUGGGAGCUUUCGGAAGCAGCACAAAAACGAAGUCGCCCUCUUCGGUCGACAUCAGUGCCAUCGCCACCAUCCAGAGCACCUUCAAUCAGAUGAGCAAAAGCAAAUCGAAGGAGUAUCUGAUGUCCUGCUCGCUGCCGGCAGCUUGCUAUCUGCCGACGGAGCAACCCGUCUCGAAGAAAGCAACACCGACCGCCGAAGCGUCGACGGCUUCGGAGGAUUUAAGGUUCAGCGAAACUCAUUUCGAUGUGAAUGGCGAGGUGACAACUUCCACUCCGGAUUGUUCGGUUAAAUCACCGGAGGUGGAAAAAGGCGAAGAAGCUCUGCAGGAUACAGGUUCUCGGUUGGCACUUUCCGCCAACCAGCUGCUGGAGAACAAAAAUGAGCUACUCUCGAAUGUGUACGACGAGAAUGGCUAUCUAAUCGAGAACACUGCCAUCGUUCUAGGCCAUAAUGGAGCUUUUCUGGACACGAAGGUGAUGAGCUCCAGUCCGUCGGCUAAUUACUACCGACCGACGGAGGAGCCCGAGCCGCUGGAUCUGACUCAGUUGAAUAUCGAAGCCAGUGUUAUGUGUUUGGUCAGUAAGGUCAAGUUUCUCUGUGGACGGUGUGGCAGUCCGGCGGUUCGCUUGAGGCAACCGAAGUCCUGUGGUUCGUCUAUUAAAUCCUCUCGGACUGUACCGCCGUUCGCGGCGAUGCCGCCGGAUGUCGUAACGAGCCAGCCCCUUUCGUUGCCGUACGCUGCCGAAGGAUUGGAAAUUCACGAACCCGCGCCGGCGGCGAUGUCCGUUUCGUUGAGUAACGUUCUGCCGAAGGAUUUGCUUCCGGGACCGUCGGGCAAGCCUCCCCUGUGCAGUAAAGAUCUGAACCUGGCGCUAACGCAGGCCGUCGGAGAGGUUACUCGGAAGGUUAAGAAGGGCAACAAAUUCACGGACGGGUUGGAUCUGUCGUUAACCACCGACUGGGCUUCCGAGCUGCGGCCAUCGAUGAAGAAACUGCGACAGGCCAUGGAUGGGUUGCUGAAAACGGCACGACUUAUGCACUCCGUGCAGCGGCUACAGCAGGACAUGAAAAAGAACUCCACCGUACUGGCCGUCAUGUACCGGCGAGAUGUUUGCUUCUCGCAAGCUUUGACGGCGCUGGUUUCCGCCCUGAUGGCUAAACUGUGGGGUCAAAAUGUAACGGAAAACUAUAUCAGCUUGUUGUGCAAUUUGGGCCCGCUGGCGUACUUCGAGGGACUGCUUUCGCUGUACGGCAGCGAGACGGACAUGUGGGGCGAUAUGAGCGUUGCCGUCGGCGAUUUGGCGACGGUGAAUUUUACGCUGGUUCGCAGUAACAUUCAGCGGGAUUCCAAGGCUAUGCCGGUGCCGAGGGUCGUCGGCUCGCGGCAAUCGCUGUCCGUUCUGCUGCCCGUUCCGGAGUCCGUUUUCUGCCAUUUGCCGACGAAGGAGGGCGUCAGUUUUAAGGUCACACCGGUGUUCUUCAACAUCGGCAUAAACGAGAAGGCAACGCUGGCGGAAACGCUGGGCUACACCAAGGAGCAGCACCGGUCCAACUGGGACAACUACGAUCGGCUGAAGCACUACCACAUCCGGUACAAGAAAAUCCCCUUCAACUUCAUCAACCCGUCCUGCUCGGCGGCGUUGGAUACGCCCACCAAAACGGGCCUGGCAACGACUCCUCAGAAGGAAGUGCUGGUUUCGGAACGGUCCGUCGUAAGCCUGCUGAACGAAAUGGAAGAUCAGCUGAAGCUGAACUGCUCGAAAAACUACCGAAUCCUUACGCUGGCCGAGGACGUUACGCGGUCCGUGCAGGGUCUACGGUUCACCUCCUGCAAAAGUGCCAAGGAUCGGACGUCGAUGGCCGUCACGAUGGAACAGUGCCGGGUACUGCAGCAGGAGUUCCACCUGUCGGCCGGAAACCUGCAGAACGUACUGGACACGAUGCGAAGCGAGGGCACCCGGUCGGAUAAUACGAUGAAAAACAUUGGCCUUCGGAAGUAUGCCUUCAAUCUGCCGCAGGUUCUGUCGCUACCGCAGGCCUAUCGACCUCCGGCUGGCGCCUACGGUAAGGCCCAGUCCUAAGCGAAAGUGUCAAUUUCCAGUUGAUUUUUGAAACCAUUAAUCAACCACAAGGAACAAGUCUUUGUUUUUUUUUACGUAUUUUUGUUCAACUUUUACACCAAGGAAGAAGAUAUAAUUUAUGUGUUUACUAAUAUCGUUUCAUUAGGCCACUAACGAGUGCGAGGUUGGCAGUUGUAAACUUUAAGUACUUUACUAAUUGUUGUUGAUGUUUAUGAAACGUUUGCCUAUUUAUUAUUAUUGUACUUAUAGUAUAGCGCUUCCGCGAGGGAAGUCUCCUCAGUUGCAUUAUAUACAACACUUAAUAAUUGCCACUCUAGGCGUUGCUCCAACCCCGAUUGGCUAUGGAAUAUCUUGUAGGAAACCUAUUGUAACAGACUGACAUUGUUAAAAGUAUUAAGCAUAAAGAAAAGGUAAUUUUCUCUACUUAUCAUCAAAAUCAGAACACAUUGACGACCGACGAGAGUUGCACAAAUUGGAACUAAAAACUUAAGCCCAAUACCAAAUGAGUUUGUUUUCUUCCACGACAAGACGCUCGGCCAUUCGUGAUUUUCGUUUGGCUUUGCCAACUAAACAAUAAGGGUUUUUGAAUCUAAUCCAGUAAACCGUAUAGAUGUUUAUGCCACUAAUCUGUACCAACAGACUUAACCAAAACGAAAAGGAAUAAAUGAAGAAGAAAAAAACUUACCUACACAUCAAAUUACUAACCGAUAGACUUUUGGGCGAUAGUCAUUUAGCCUUUAAUCUUUACCCCGGAAGAAAUACAGCAGCUAACUAUAACUAAUUGAAUUUGCGAUUCCGUUUAGCGUGAUAAUCCUUAUUCUCAAAGCAUGUGCCAAAUUAUACGUUCCGCCUAGUAGAGAGGAAACCAAACAGCAGACAUGAUUUUUGAUUCGAUUAAGGCAUUGUUAAACCGUCGCUUGUUCGCACUUUUUUUUUUGACUAAUCUUUCAUCUACUAAACGAAACAGGGUGUUUACAAAUACGCACAUCAAAAUUGGGACAAAUAAUUUUAUCGUAAUUUCGUAACAACCACCCUGAUGCCCAUAUUACUGUUAUCGUUAUCGCGAAAUUGUCCGGUUUUCAACAGACACACACAAAUUCAAACACAGCGACGCGAACCUAAAGGAAUGCGGUUAUCGAAUUAGCCUAAUAAACCUAACUCUUCGGGUCAAAAUAAAUCGUAUAUCAAUACCAACUACAA